CGCCGAGGUGAGGCGGUUCCAGGCUCGGGUCAGGGCCAUGGAGGCAGUCGUGAUUCCGGCCGUGAGGGGGCUGCGCGCGGGUUGCCAGUGUCUCCGCUACGGGGCAGGUUCUGAAAGAAAAUGGAGUUUGCAGUCAAAACAGACUUCUUUCAGAUUUUGUAGUACUGGAAUGACCUUGGACAACAUCAACAAGCCAGCCAUAGAUCGCAUAAUCAGGGUGGAUCAUGCAGGGGAGUAUGGAGCAAAUCGUAUUUAUGCUGGGCAAAUGGCUGUGCUAGGUAGAACUACAGUAGGGCCAGUCAUUCAGCAAAUGUGGGAUCAAGAAAAGGACCAUCUGAAAAAGUUUAAUGAGUUAAUGGUCGCAUUUAGAGUUCGACCUACUGUUUUAUUGCCUUUUUGGAAUGUUGCAGGGUUUGCUUUAGGUGCUGGAACUGCUUUACUUGGAAAAGAAGGUGCAAUGGCUUGCACUGUGGCAGUGGAAGAGAGCAUAUCAGAGCAUUAUAACAACCAGAUCAGAACACUAAUGGAGGAGGAUCCAGAAAAAUACAAAGAAUUAUUGCAGAUAAUAAAGAAGUUCCGAGAUGAGGAGCUGGAGCACCAUGAUGUAGGGCUUGACCACAAUGCAGAAUUGGCACCAGCUUAUUCACUUUUGAAGACUGCUAUACAAAUUGGAUGUAAAGCUGCAAUAUUUUUAUCAGAGCGAAUUUAGCACUCUAUUUUUCAGUAAUAUAAAAGAUUAUGGUAUUAAAUUAAGAUUUAACCAGUACACUUGUGAAAUUAUGUGAAACUAAUAGAUAUAUUUUACAGUAACUGACUUUUUUUUUCUUCUUUUUAUAUUCUGUCAGUCUUACUUAUGCUAAGUAAUAUCUUGCUCAACAGGUAUUUUCAUUGAAAUUAGUGGGGCUGCAUGUGGAGUAAUAUACUUACAAUGUGAGUAUGGAUGGUAGAAUUGGGUUCUUACUGACUAAAUCUAAAAUGAAAUUAAAAGGCUGUUUUUUAACCAAAAAAAAUCUGUUGGUUUUGCAAGUAUUCACAAGGUGGCAGCAAAGCGUGUGUUUAUGCAAUAGUAUAUACAUUUAGUAUUAGUCUUCUGUACUUCUACAGACUUUUAAAAAUUAGCUAAACCUUCAAUUUAAUUUAAAACAAUACAUUUAGCACGGAUUAUUUUCUGAGUUUUAUUUUCAGGGAAAGUAAAUCAAGUUCUGGUAAGAAUAUUUCCCUCAUAUGUCUCAGAUAAAGGCCUGUUAUAUCAAUGAAAUAGAGCCCUGUAAUGACUUUCAACUUUGUAUUCUUCUUGGGCCUAAUUCUGAAGUUUGGUCAAAAAUUCCCUUUGUUCUGAAUGUGUACCGAAAAAGUCGGCCUUAUAUACUUGAUUUAAAGCAGAAGACGACAGAUACUAGCUGCAAUUAGCAACAGUGUUUCUUUUCAUGAGUUUUAGCUCAUCCUAUCCUAUCUCUUCCUAGGUCUUCUAUGGCAUUGAUUGGAUAGAGACAUGCCAGCUUUCACAGUGCAGGGGAAGAGGGUUCCCCAGACCUCUUAAAAGCACCCUAGCAUGAGAGCAAUUGAAAUAAACCAGAUGAAAUUCUGACUGCAUCUUUCACAAGAAGUGCAUACUGUCAAUGCCUGGUGAUGACAGAGAAAUACAGACCACACCGUGCAAUAAUGCAGUUGGUAUAUCUUAAACUGGAGUGAUCCCUCCAGUUUGUACAGCAGAAGUACAGAUUUUACAAAACUCCUUUCUAGAGCCCUGGGAUGGAGACAGUUAAUGGCCUCAAGUGGCCAAACAGUAGAAUUGGGAUGUGAAUUUCCUCAUGCCUCACUUCCAGAUGAGACUGGUACAGCUUGUUUAGUAGGGGACUACUCACACAAUAAAGGAGAUGGACAGGAUCUUGGGCCAGGUAGUGUCCAAUGUUCCUUCUGCCUAAAGCACCUCCUGCCCAUUCUUCCAUUGUCACUGCCUCCUAGAGAAGGUGUGAUCAAAAAGAAAACUUUAAAGGGAAUUUGGCAUAGUUUUUUCUCACACACACAGUCCUUUUUAACAUUUUAUAGUUUAAUAACGAGUCAGGCCAAUUUAAUGCUACUUAUGGCAGAGACUGAAACGCUUGCAUUAUUUUCACAGUGACCUCUGCAGUGUUUAAGCAAAAUCAAUUCCGGAAUGUAUGACAGUUAGAUGUGCUGACCUAUUGCUAUAAAAUCAUUUGAGGUCACUAUUAAAUUUGUGUUAAAAUGCAAGUUUGAAGCUGGGAUACGUAUUGAUUUUGGUUGUCUGUUGGAGAUAGGCUUUCACUUCUAUCAACAGUGUUGUAUGAAGAUGGAAAGGAAUGUAAAAGUCUUUCCUCUUAAAUCAUGGAAACAAAAAAUUAGGGUUUUGGGUGGAGGGAGUGUGUCCUAUUCCAACCUUACCUGCCACUAAACAUAGUUCUCGUUCACUAAUCUAGUUUUCAUCCUUUCCGUUGAAUGGAGAGCAUUUAGCUUGUUUGGCAGAUUAGAAAUAGAAUCCUUUUGUUGUUCAGGAUUAAAAGUUGUAGCAUAUCAAGCAUUGUUGCUUACAGACGAAGCGAACAGUGAUGGAGAAGUGAUUGAAAAGCUGGCUCACAAGUGUUGGGAAGGUAGCAUUUUUUCAUGACUUCUUUGCAAAGGCGGGAAUCGCAAGGUGAGAGACAGAGUAUCUCGGAGGUACUGCUCAUGCCACUGUUGUUGAAGUGGUGUUAGCAUUACCAACGUAAAACCUCUUUUACAGGGGGCUUGUAACGCAUCUGUAAAAAUUCAUUCCUAGCUAAAACUUAGCAUUUAAGGUUUUUGCAAGAGGAUGAUUUCCCUACCACCUCUCCCCCACCCCCUUUAAAUUUGGUCAAAAAAAGUAUAUCUUCAAAUAGAAACUUUUUGUAUGCUCCCUAUCACUGGUCACAAUGGCUCUUUAUAUAAACAGCAACAACAAAAUCAUCUAAUUGGACAGGCAGUGAGAUAAAUUCUAUUCUCAGCUAACCAGUGUAGAACUCCAUUGACUUCUAAUGAGUUGAAGCGGACAUCACUGAAGUCAUUUACAUUGUUUAAACGAAGUAUAAUUUGGUCACAGUCCUUAGUCUCUUCACUCACCCACUGGACCCACUUGACACAUUGGCUUUGACUCAUCUAAAUCACUGAGUUGAUGGGGAGUGGGAGUACAAGAAAGUAAACUUUUCCAAGGGACUUCUUGGCUGAACCCCAGGAAGCUGUGACUAGCACAGAUGUGACUUAUAUUAGUAUUGAGGUAAUGGUGUUCUCUGCCCUGGUUAAUGCAUUGAUUUGAUGUAAAUGUUUGCCUACAAUGGAAUCUAGAUCUGGUUCUAUUCUCUAUCCACCGGCUCAUUCUGCCUCCCUUUUACUUCCUGUGCUCAUCUGCUCAGUAGGGCGAGGAUUUUUUUUGAACACUUGCUCAUUGGCAGACCUGUUAGAUCGGUGUUCUUGACAUGUUCCAUAUUGUACCCUGUACGUGACAUGCACUUUCUGCAGGAAUAUUGCACACACCAUCAAGUUGUUUUUCUUAAGAUUCUUAGCUCAGGCUUACCUAUAGUUGGAAAUUUACUGAAAUAGGUAUUGUGGAAUCAUUAUUUUGGUGUAAGGCCCUGGAAUAAGAGUGCUUUUUUCUGUUUUAGCUUAAUCCACUAUAAUCCUUUUCCCUUUCCAGCCUGAUUAGUUCAAAACCUGUUAGUAUUUAAGAUGUCUGUGAAGUCACAAAGCAGAACACUUACAUGUGGAUUUUAGGACACGUGAAAUGAAUAGGCAUCAGUCAUCAUAAAAACAUCAACCCUGUAGGCUAAUAGUCUAAUUUUGGAUAGCCUGCAAGACCAGGCUUCCCAGCAGUUUGUGGACAUUUUUGAUUUAGCAGAAAGUGACUUUUCCAUUGGAAAAGCAUUCUAAUAGAAGAGUCCCAACCAGUGGUAGAAAUUGCCUUUUUGGCUGUUAGAUGAUCAUUAUAAGCAAGUCCAUAAAACAGUGAUAUUUCUCAAUCUGGUAUAGGUAGUGGUUAAAUCUGCCUUUUGUCGUCAUAGAUAGUACUAAUAGGUGUUUUGCUGCUAGGGAGUUAAAUUAUUAUUGGCUUGUUAGUACUCCAGCAAGCUGUAUCGUUCUUUACUUCUAGGCAUGUCACUUUUAUAGGUGCAGAGUUCUUUGUUGCUUGUCAAAACUUCAAAGAUCAUUGCAAGAGUAACCUCCAAUUUGAUCCUCACAGCUGAAAGCUCCACUGUUCAUUGUGAGGGAUGGAUAAUCACAUCAGUCAAUCGGAACUGGCUGCUGGGAUUGCUGCAUUUUUCAUGGCUGCCGUGUGGUAGUUGGCUCUACUCAGAGGCAGGCGGGCAUACAUUGGGUCUGGUGUUUAGCUGGUAACUAGAGAUUAUAAUUGUAGCUUGGAAUGUUGAUUUUAGAUGGAAGUGUUUAGGAGAUUUUAAUUAUUAAAAAAAACAACCCUCUGUUUUUUAAGAUGUAAGAUUGUUCUGUAAAGUGUUCUUUGCAGUGAUUCACCAUACGCCACAACUUGGAUAAUUUUUACACAGAAGCAGGAUUACAGCCACCCAGCUGUUUUAUUGGGGCAAGAAUCCCAUUUUGAUGGUUUACUCUAUAAGGAUUGAUGGAAUAAAAUGAGCUGCCAGGCUGUUUUAUUGGGGCAAGAAUCCCAUUUUGAUGGUUUACUCUAUAAGGAUUGAUGGAAUAAAAUGAGGGAGAACGUUGGUCAACUGACUGAUCACUAUUGCCAGCUUGGGAGGAUUUCAUAAUGGUCUUUUGCUCUCAGCUACUGGUAAUGGCAUUACAACACUCUCCUUCUGGCUUCAUCCUCAUGGGUCACUUUAGUUUACUAAUGACAUGUGAGAGGUGAAGCGGGAGGGGAAGUGGCUAGAGCACAAGUGACAGGAAUCUUGGUCUGAGCCUCAGCAAUUGUGUCAUAAAUGUUUGAAGUCUCAUGUUGUGGCUGUGCUUAAUGCAAACGUAGUGGUUUUUAUCCCCUAUCUGCUCUUGAUGAGAUGAGUGUGACCUUCUUUAUCUGGUCUGACCUUGCUGGGCUUAUCCACAAAUUUAUCACCUCAAGAUUAGACUAUUGUAAGGUGCUGUACCUGGGGCUACAUGAUGAAACUAUCCUAGUUACUGAAGUUAAUGCAGAAUGUGGCCAUUCACCUACUAGAUGUGUUAGCAGCGAACACAUCACCAGGACACUGUACUUAUGUUGACUGUCAGUAAGCUUCCAGGUGGAGUUAGAGGCAUUGGCUUUAACCUGUGAAGGUUUACAUGGUUUGCAAUGUGAUUACCCUAAGGGACGGCCUGCCUCCCUAAGUGAAACUGCUGCAGGCACAAUCAGUGAAGAUCCUUGAAUUGGAGCCCUCUUGUCUUGAAAGAGAGGAGGCGGCUGGCAGGGCAUUUGUUGCGAAAUGUCCUCACCUUCGGAAUUCACGGCCUCCUGGUUGAUAGAACCCAGACAUUUUAAUCAUUUGGACGUGUUGCAAGACCCAUCUUUUCUCUUGGCCAUUUGGGAAAGAGGCAAGUUAAUGUGAUGGAUAUGGGUGGGACUUGUCAAUAAGCUUCUAAUAGACUUGUAAAAGGUUGUAUUAAAUAUUAUUUUAAAAUUGUGAUGUACCUAGAGUUUGGGUUAGGAACUGACUAAAAUAAAAUGUUGGAAAGUGAGAUUUGAUCCAUGUGACUAAAUGGUUGCUAAUGUUGUCAGUGAGAGAAGUAAAUUUCUACUGUACUAUAAUACGCCCUGUCAGUUAUUACUUUGAUCAAAAUGUCCUUGCUUUUAAAGAUUAUUUGUUCAAAAUAAGAUAUUUUAAGCAUGACUUCAUCACUCUUGUCAUAGAUCAUUCACUAUAAAAUAAGAUUACAAAGUACAUUUGCUAAAAUGUAAAACCAAAAACGUACCUGUAAAUAUCUCAAGAAUUCCAGAACAAGAGACUUGUAGUACACAACAUAUGCAUUUACUUAUCAAUGUAAGAAACAAAUACAACUUUUUAAAAAUGA